AUUUCCGUCCAUUCUGAAACACAUCGUUUCAAAUCGUUUCCAAUUCACACUCACUCAACUCAACUCGCAUCAUCACAUCAACUCACUCAUAUUGCUACAAUGUCGAACGAAGCUCCGAGCUGCGCGACGGGCGCCUGCUACUUUGACGCGUCCAAGGCAAAGGUCGCCCCGCCGACAGAGGCCAACCACGUCAAUCCCGCGCUGCUCGACGCCACGACCGUCGUGCCUGCAGAGGACCUCAGUGACGCGUUCUUCCGCGCCAAGCUGUCUGCCGAGCAGUACCACGUCCUGCGCAAGUCUGGAACGGAGAGGGCAUUCACGGGAGAAUACUGGGACAACCACGACAAGGGCAUCUUUCUGUGCCGCGCUUGCAAUCUGCCGCUCUUCUCAAGCCAGGCAAAGUUCGAUUCUGGCACCGGAUGGCCGAGCUUUUACGAUGCCGUCGACAAGAAGAACAUCAAGACCGAGCGGGACGACAAGUUUGGCAUGGUGCGUGUCGAGGCCAUGUGCAACCACUGCGAUUCGCACCUCGGGCACAUCUUUGACGAUGGCCCCAGGCCCACCGGCUUGCGCUAUUGCAUCAACUCGGCUUCCAUCAAGCUGAACAAGCAGCACUGAACACCAACUACUGCAACAGCUCGGAAUAAAGCAACUGUUUGUGUGUCUGCUUGAUGACAAUGUAUACUUGUCUGGCAAAGCAGCAAAACUGUACAUGAAAACAACAAAAUCAAACAGAAACCAAAAAGAAAAAAAUACAAGACACCCG